AGAUGUCUUUGUAUAGAUGAUAAUAUUAUUAUAUAUAUCUGGUGAGAAAUGCGAUGCAAAAUAGAAGAUAUUUUAAAAAUAAUUAAUCGAAGUCAUAUAUCUCUCUACCCAGCCCCAGUCAAAACCUCUGCAGAAGUACGCUGCCCUGUUUGUACCUAGUUAACUUCCCAGGCACAACACAAAAAAAGAAAAAACAAAACAACAAAAACAUCAGUAAUUUUCCAAUCCUCCGACAAAGUAAUUCCUCCUAACCGAAUCCCCUCUCUACUUACCUCACCUUGAUCCCAAGGACGGUUAUCCCGAAAAUGUCCUCCCUCUCAGAUUAUGUCGAUUUCUCCCAAAAAAGCCUACAUUUGGCUGCCGUCGCCAUAGCGUUCAAUCCCAUCUUCUGGAACAUCGUCGCCCGUCAAGAAUACCGCAACCACUUCCUAACCCGCAUCUUCGGCAGUGCCUACAACGGCUGCUACGCCCUCGCCUUCGCCAUCUUCUCCCUCGGCAUAUUCCGCGACCACCUCUACAACCAGGCGCUGGCCGACCAACCUUUCUACCAGCCCGUCACCCAGCCGUAUCUCGCCUAUGGCCUCUUUGCCGCGGGGAACACGCUCGUGCUCUCCAGCAUGUGGGCCCUGGGCCUCACGGGCACGUAUCUGGGCGAUUACUUUGGGAUCCUGAUGGAUGCGCCUGUGACCGGGUUCCCCUUCAAUGUCACUGGUUCGCCAAUGUACUGGGGUAGCACCAUGAGCUUUUUGGCCGUGGCGUUGUAUAAAGGGAAAGUGGCCGGUUUGCUACUGACGCUUGAGGUGUUUGUGUGCUACUGGAUUGCAUUGAAGUGGGAAGAUCCCUUCACCGCCGAAAUCUACGCACAGCGCGAACGAGACCGCGCCAAGUCCAAGAAAGGCGGCAAGCGCGCUUGAGUCGCCCUCACUUCCAUCCCAUCCGCUGCUGGAAGGAAGAGGAUUGGAAAGAAAUAAUGCCCAAAAAAAACAGCUUUUUUCUGGCAACCCCCGAACCCUGAUCAUCGACUAAGGACUUCAACGUUCCAUCCCUGUCGAUGAUGGAUCAAAAUAUCUGUCUGACUCGCCUAACACCCUACGCCGUCUUCUCUUUGUUUAUCUGUGAUCGCUCUUGUUAUAUACUUACUACGGCUAUGCAACAUAUAUAUAUACGUAUAUGGAUAGGGCUGGGAUAUAAUUAUACUCAAGGUACAUAAAAUCUUCAUGCGGUUCGAAUGUUUUAUGUUUUGUUUUUGUAUCGAGCGCCCGUGUGUUUUGCUAUUUUAUUUUCAUGUUCAGGAGGCGAGAAGCAGGGGGUGGGAUAUAGGGUUCCCGUAGUAGAAGAGAUGUGGAACGAAUUUUUUUUUUCUUAUUAUUAUAUAUAUGUAUCUUCAACGAUCAAUUGCGCUCUUUUUUUAUUUGAGAUGUGGGGUGGGCUGGAUGGUGCGGAGCAGGGGACGCGAGGGAGAGAGGAGGGUGGGAAAGGGGUAGAGAGCCUUCUUCCUUCUUCUUCUUCUUUUUUUUUUUUUUUCAUUAUUCUUAUUUAGCAAAUAUAGAUGGAGGUAUACGGAUGAUCGGGCGGGAUGGGAUGGGUUAUUAAAUGAAUGAUAAUGUUACGAGAAAUGGAAUAGGGAAACGUGGUUGUGGGCUUAUAUGUAUAUCCCCUGGUUACCAUCUGUAAAUACAUAAAAAAGAUGAAAGGUAGAGUUAUGCUAGUGUCAAUGGAAAGGAGAAAAUAAUUUACCACUUUCCAAGCUAAUUGAUACUCUUUCAUCAACGCGAGCAUCUUCUGCUAACUUACAGUUACCCAUGUGUACACAUAACUAUAGCUAUCCUAGGAGAGAUGGGAGCACCUAGGUAAGCGGCGGGCGAUAUACCGUAUAGAGAGAGGGGUUACAUUUAAUUCAAAAUGAGAAUAGAAG